AAUGAUCAAGAAAAGUAUUCUUUCCUUAAUAGUAACAGUGUGCAUUGUACACUGCUCUGCUCUUAGAAGGAAUUCGAUGAAGCCAUUGCCGCCUCAUGUUAAACAUCAUCGUCUCCCUCCAGACAUGUGGUUUGAACAAAAGCUGGACCACUUUGACCCGACGAACAUGCACACCUGGAAUCAGAGAUACCGAAUGAAUGAUUCAUUCAUCAUAGCCAAGCAGAACGCCCCUGUUUUUCUACUGAUUGAAGGCGAAUGGGAAGCUUUAGCAGAAUGGAUGGUGAAAGGUGCUUGGAUCGACUACGCUCAAAAACAUAAAGCAUUAUGUUUCCAACUAGAACAUAGAUAUUAUGGAAAAUCACAACCCACACCAGAUAUGAGCACUCAAAAUCUUAGGUAUUUGAGCAGUGAGCAAGCACUUGCUGAUCUGGCUAACUUCAUUAAAGGGAUGAAUAAGAAAUACGGAUUGACGGAGAGGAAUAAAUGGAUCGCGUUCGGUGGAAGCUACCCCGGGUCCUUGGCUGCCUGGCUUCGAUACAAAUAUCCUCAUUUGGUACAUGCUGCUAUUUCUACAAGUAGUCCACUUCUCGCAAAAGCAGAUUUAAAAGAGUACUAUGAGUCUGUUUCAGUCUCAUUAUCUACAUUCAACGAUGAUUGUGCACCUUCUGUCCAUCGGGCUGUUAAGCAUUUUGAUAAGUUAGUCAGAGAUCCGUCCGGUGCAAAAACAUUAACAAAACAAUUUAAACUUUGCUCUGAUCUCAAUGUGAGCAAUGGAUUAGAUGUGUCCUCGUUAGCUGACACACUUUCAAGAAAUUUUGGUCUUGUUGUUGUUUACAAUGAAGAUAACAGAAUACCAAAAAGCCCCAUGUCUGAAAUAACUAUUAACGAUCUUUGCAACAAAAUGGUCGACCCGGGCCUAGGCGAACCAUUAGACAGAUAUGCAGCUGUUAACAAAAUGCUGCUUGCAGCGACUAAAAGUGAAUGUUUAAAUUUUACAUAUUCCCAGCAAAUAGAGGAACUCAGAAAUACAGUCUGGGACCACAGCAAAGCAGAUCGUCAGUGGAUUUAUCAAAUGUGUACAGAAUUCGGUUUCUUUCAAACUUCUACUAGCCCUGAUGAACUUUUUGGUUCUAACAUACCAUUGUCAUAUUUCACAAAACGGUGCCAAGAUAUGUUUGGUCCAGAAAUUAACGAACAGGUUUUAAACGAUGGAAUAAUGAGAACGAACAUUAUGUACGGUGACGUUCAUUUAAAAGCAACGAGAGUUUUAUUUGUUCAUGGCAGCAUUGAUCCUUGGCAUGUGCUUGGAAUCACCGUCUCAAACAAACCUGAAAUACGAGCAAUUUACAUAAAUGGUACUGCUCACUGUGCUAACAUGUACCCACCAUCACCAAAGGAUCCUCCUCAAUUGACUAAAGCUCGGGUCAAUAUCGUUAAUCAAAUUGGAGAUUGGCUUAGCACUGACUAGUGCUUGGGUUUUAUUGUAAAUUAAUAUUUAGCUACUAAAUAUGCACAAAUAAAAUUAGUUUAAUAAUUGAGUUGGUGAACUUAUGCUGAACAAGCACUGGGUCACUUAUUGGGUCAUUCUUCACUUGCAGGUUUGACAAACCAGCGAGUGUAGGCAGAUCAAUAAGAAACCUAGUGCCAGUUCAGCAUGGGCUUAAAACAACUUAUGUUUUAACAUUAAACAAUUUAUACAGUUUAAAGGUUGAUCAUGCUUUCAUACACAUUGUGAGAAAUGUAAUAUGUAUUUCAAGUACAACAAGUUUCACUUUAGAAUUAAACAUCAUCAGUUUUUCACUUAUUUUGGUUUUCUUAUUUUUUUUCUAAUUUUUAUUCUCUAUUUCUAUCACCUCUGGAUUAUUUUACUUUUUUUAACUUAGUAAAACUGGUAAAUUAAGUUAACUAGUCUCUCUAUACAAAUGAAUAUUCAGCGCUGCCAUUUUUUUUUUCAUUCACAGCAGUUUGACAACAGACAAACAUGAUUUUUAUAUUAGCUCAUUAAAGGCUAGUUUUAGGGUUUCUUCAACCUGCUCCAUCUUCCUUUUAGAUUCUUCUUGAUGGAAUGUAGUGCUUGGGUUUUAUUGUAAAUUAGUAUUUAGCUACAAAAUAUGCACAAAUAAAACAAAUUUAAUACUGGUGAGUUGGUGAAUUUAUGCUGAACCCUGGGUCACUUAUUGGGUCAUUCUUCACUUGCAGGUUUGACAAACCAGCAAGUGUAGGCAGAUCAAUAAGAAACCUAGUGCCAGUUCAGCAUGAGCUUAAAUGUAAGUU